AUGGCUGCUAGAGCAAAAAGGCCCAAGGAGCUCCUGUCCAGCAAAGGAAAUCACCAUGGUUGCAAGAGCAAAAAGGCCCAAAGAGCUCCUGCCCAGGCUUUCACACGGAGGGUCCGUCAUGAUGAACAUCAGAGAAUCCACACUGGAGAGAAACCUUAUGAAUGUAAAUACUGUGGAAAAGCUUUUAUAGACAAGAGAUCUCUUGCAGCACAUCAGAGAAUCCACACUGGAGAGAAGCCUUAUGAAUGUAAACAGUGUGGAAAGGGUUUUACAGAUAAGAGAUCUCUUGCAGCACAUCAGAGCAUCCAUACUGGACAAAAACCUUAUGAAUGUAAACAAUGUGAAAAGAUUUUCAAAUGGAAAAUCUCUCUUGCACGACAUCAGACCAUCCAUACUGGACAGAAACCUUAUGAAUGUAAACAGUGUGGAAAGACUUUCACAUGGAGGGGAUCUCUUGUAGUACAUCAGAGAAUCCACACUGGAGAGAAACCUUAUGAAUGUAAACACUGUGGGAAGACUUUUACAGACAAGAGAUCUCUUGCUACACAUCAGAGCAUCCAUACUGGACAAAAACCUUAUGAAUGUAAACAAUGCGGAAAGGCUUUCACACGGAGGGGAUCUCUUGCAGAACAUCAGAGAAUCCACACUGGAGAGAAACCUUAUGAAUGUAAACGCUGUGGAAAGACCUUCAGACAGAGGAGCCAUCUUGCAGCACAUCAGAGAAUCCACACU